AUGGAGGAAUCAAGCUUGCUUUCAGCCGUAUUGGAACACAAAAAUGCCUUGGCAUCUGUUGCGGAAUUUCUACGAAUUCUAGCUGGUAUUUGCUGGACUUUGAACUACUUCAGCAUGUUGCGCACGUCGCGAAAAGACAAGAUCCCCAGUACAGGGAUCUUCCCUCUCUGCAAUGACAUUGGGUGGGAGUUUGUCUACGCCUUUGUCUACCCAACCGCGAGUGCUCACUGGCAAGGAGGAGUCCGAGUAUGGUUUGUGGUUCAUUGCAUCGUCAUCACAUAUAUCAUCAAAUAUGCGUACAAUGACUGGUACCAUUUCCCCCUCGUUCAACGAAACCUCUACCUCGUCUAUGGAGCAGUGACUAUUGGUUUUGCCUUUGGCCAGUAUUCGUUCGCGCGGGAGGUUGGGCCAGACUUGGGAUUUUUCUAUGGGGGUGUGCUAUGUCAAACACUGGCGAGCCUUGGGCCAAUUUCUCAGAUUCUUUCCCGGAAUAGUACCCGCGGGGCUUCCCUGUUGACCUGGCUGUUCAGAGCGAUCGCUACGUUUGGUGGAUUCAUUAAGUUGACUAUCUAUUAUCUCACUGGCACUGGUGCUGGACCCUGGUUUGAAAGUCCAAUGUGCAAGUUCUACAUUGGGUUGACCUUGUUUCUUGAUUUUACCUAUCCGAUCUGCUACUAUGUCAUUCGGCGUCAGGAGUUGGCCAAUGCUAAAAUGGAUGCUCAAAUGGAGAAAAAGAACAAGGCCAAGUUGGGCAAAGGAGUAUGA